AUGCUAGACGAUGCCCAGUUACUUAACGAAACACAAGCUACAAUCUUCAUCAGUGAGACACAAGCCGCCAUCCAAGAGAAUGCCAGCUAUCACUCGCGUCUCUGUGCCACGAUCGAGCUCCUGAAGGACGUACCUACUGCCUUUGCAAAGCAAGCUGCCUACGUAGCAGACCUCAAGAACGAGCUUGAGCAAGCCGAACGGAGGUUAGCAAACCGAGUGGAGGCAACGAAGAAGGAGAGGAAGGAACACGAAGCUAUGCGGGACUCGACAGGGCGAAAGCUUGUCAGUCGACUGACCGGGAAGAAAGGAGCAUGGGCGGAGAGGGCAGGAAAAGAGGAGCGACAAUACGUCGAAGCGCUGGAGAAGGAAGUGAAGGAGCGCGAAAACGUUUCAUGUAUCCAGCAGAUGCUUGAUGAAGCUGAGAGCGCGCUAGCCGAUCUCUCGCUGAAGGCGAAGGAUUUCGAAUGUGCCCAAACAGAGCUCGAUGUCCUAUACACUCGCAUCUUUGAGGGUCCAUCUAUAGAUUUUCCGGAAGAAGAUAAACUAGAGUAUCAAUUCUACGAGACGAAGAAGCACCAUGAAGAGUUACAGAGUAUCGUGGACACUGAGAACACUGUCGUCGAUAUUCUUGAUCGUGCAAAAGCUGCCGCCCAAGAAGCACGAGAUUUGCUCCAGGGAGCGAAGCUAUCUUCAAACCUUGAUCUCCUCCCAAAUCGAAAUGUCUCUGCCUCAAAUCCCUUGAGAAGAGCUGAAAUCAAAGUCGAUGAAGCAGACACACUACUUAAGGAGGCUCUGAAGACCUCAGACGACGUCAGAUAUGUUCGUAAGAUCGCAGUCCCUGGCAGAUUAUUGUAUGGCGAUGUCCUACUCAACAACGGGUACUGGAAGCCAGCUUUCGAAGACCAACUAAGAAAAUCGAUCGCGCAAGCUGAGUUCGUUUCAAGCGAACUUAAAUCCCAGCACACUACGGCUUCGAGACGCGCGGCCAUAGCGAUCGAAAGCCUCGUAGAGGUCGCACAGAUCCUCGAAGAGCGUCGGAAGGCCCUAGCCGCCUGCAGGAGGGCUGCAUUCGAGGAAUGCAUACAGGCACACCCUCCUCCACCCACAUACCGCGACGUCGCAUAA